AUAAAUAUUCAAGUUUCGGCAGCAAAGUUAUCAAUCAUCGUCGAGUCGGCUUUUUUAGUAUACAAAAAAUAUGUACAAACAAUUGAAAAAUAUAUUUGGCAGCCUGGUUGUGCUAUUGGCAGUUGGUUUGGCAGUGGCUCAACCGAAUCCAGGACGUCUACGCAGUCAGAGACAAGAACAAGCAGCUGCAGCUGCUCCUUAUCCAUCGGCCGAUGAGCUGAAACCAGAAAUUCCAUUCGAAGAGGGCAUCAACAAUCAGCCAGAUCAGACAUACGGACCACCUGAUUUGACUUAUGGUCCACCACCAGCUGAUGCAGUUGAACAAUUGCCUAGUUCAGCCGAUCCUCAGGAUUUCACACCCGAUCCCGAUGCCGAGGAAAUACAGCCAGCUGAUCAGGCUCCAGCUCUAUUGGUUCAACGUCCAACCCAAGGACAACAAUUGAGAUUCAAGCCCGAAUCUCUUCAGUCUUUGGUAUUAUUGACAAACCAGGCUAAUCCUCGUCCCACUUUGCGUUUAAUAAAUCCUGGUACACUUGCUGUUCAAUUUUUAUAAACAUUAUGUAAUGUAUA